AUGCUUGUGCUCGGCUCAAUUUGUUUCAACUGUCUUGGAGCCCUCCUUGUGGAGAACUUCUUGAAAGCCAAGGGUGAACUCUAUGAACAAAAGGCCCAACUUCUGCUUGGAGAAGUCGUGGUGAACUCCAUCCUAGUCUUUGUCGGGCCGCUCUUCAUCACCGACCUGGAGGUACGGGCAAUGAACUCACCCUGGCAGAGAGGCUUUUUUUCUGGCUGGGAUGGUCGUGUUUUAGUUUGUGCCAUUCUGUGGAUCCCUGCUGGAUGGACCGCUACAAUGCUGGUGAAGCGUUGCUCGAACUUGCUGAAGACUUUGGCACAAGCUUUUUCCUCUGUUUUGACUUAUGUCUUCAGCGUGGUUCCUCUAAGCAGUGGGCCUCGCACCUGGGCGCACUUCGUCACCAUGCUGGGCCCACCAUUGACACCGGAGCCUGUGUCAUCCCCUGUGGUGUUGCUGGCGAUCAGUGUGAUGAUCUCGGCACUGACCUUUGGGGCAGACCGGAGAGAGCCAAAGAUCUCCAACCGGAGGCAUACAGACCAUCAAGAGGUGCCGGAAAAAUGGAAAGUUGACUCUUCCUACCUUCAGGUUCGGCCAAGAUCCCGACAAAUCAGUGAGAGCAGUGGGCGUUGA